UUCCUGCAUGGCAGAAUGGGGUUGGACUGGAUGGCCCUUGGACUCUCUUCCAAUCCAACUCUACCAAAUGGCUCUGAGCAAGCGGAGUUAGGUCUAGGAAAGCUCAUGCCGCCAACUUCUUGGCUUCGUCAGUCUCCAAGGAGCCCCAGGAGCUCUCUCUCUCUGGCUCUCUCUUGUCCUCCAGGGCCCCCUUUCCCUCCGGAGGGAGGCGACCCCCUUCUUGGGCCCCUGAGAGGCGCGCGCCCAAAGAAGUCUCUGGGCAAACUCUGUCUGCUGGGCGCCUUUGCCGCGGAGUCCCUCCUUCCUCCUUUCUGGGCUCCAGGGCCCCGCUCCUCCCCUCGGCCGGCCUCCUCCCUCCCCUCCUUCCUCGGGGCUUGGCCUCCUCCUCUUCCUCCUCCAAAGUCGCGUGAGGCAGAGAAGGCGCAGAAGAAGUCUUUCGGGGACUGGGCUGCUGUCGGGGCGGCUUCUGGGGCUGCUGCCCUGGUCCCGAGGGUCGGGAAGGGCCCUCCUCCUCGCCCUCCUCCUCCUCUGUCGGGCGAUGCUCCAGAGAUGGCCAUGUCCGGCGUCGGCGGGGCCCGGAGCGGCCAUCCGUGGAGCGGCCCCUUGGAAGUUCUAGUGCGGGAGCGGUGGCACCGGGUGCUGGUGAGCCUGGGCGAGGAGAGGCUGCUGCUGAGCUGCGAGGAAGGGGCGCCCAAUGGCCUGGGGAGGAGCAACGGGGGCGCCCUGGGCAGCCGAGGAGGGCCCUCCGGGGCCAGCGAGCCCCUCCCCGGCAGCCCCGAGGAGAGCGGGGUCCGCACGGCCUUCACCGACCUCCCCGAGCAGGUCCCCGAGGGCGCCCUCUGCAACCAGAAGCGCUGCGUUCAGGUGCAGAAGCAGGAGGCCGGCGGGCUGGGCAUCAGCAUCAAGGGGGGCAAGGAGAACAAGAUGCCUAUCCUGAUCAGCAAGAUCUUCAAGGGGCUGGCUGCCGACCAGACCCAGGCCCUCUACGUGGGCGAUGCCAUCCUGGCCGUCAACGGCGCCGACCUCCGCGACGCCACCCACGACCAGGCGGUCCAGGCCCUCAAGAGGGCCGGCAAGGAGGUCCUCCUGGAAGUAAAGUACAUGAGAGAAGCAACCCCCUACGUGAAGAAAGGUUCUCCAGUUUCUGAAAUUGGGUGGGAAACACCGCCACCUGAGUCACCACGAUUAGGAAAUGCAUCCAUCGACCCUCUGUCCCAGCUCUCUCUUUCUGUAAACCGAGACAAGAAGACAAUUCCACUCAAAAUGUGCUAUGUUACACGAAACAUGGCUGUGUCAGAUCCUGAAAACCGUCUUGUUGAGGUUCAUUCUCCUGAUGCCAAACAUACUCUGGUUUUACGGAGUAAGGAUUCAGCCACAGCGCAAGCCUGGUUUCAAGCAAUCCACUCCUGUGCCAGUGAGCUCAUACCUAAAGUCAUCUCAGAGGUCAGAGAUCAGCUGGGGAAAAAUGGAAUCGCUGGAAGCCGAGAGAUUAGACAUCUAGGGUGGCUUGCCAAAAAGGUGGUUGGAGAGAAUGACAAGCAUUGGAAGGCAGUGCUUGUGGUGCUGACUGAGAAGGACCUCUUGAUGUAUGAGAGCAUGCCACGAAUCAAGGAGGCUUGGUUUAGUCCUCUUCAUUCCUAUCCCUUGCUGGCCACCAGGUUGGUGCAUUCAGGGCCAGGGAAAGGCUCCCCCCAGUCUGGGGUGGAUUUGUCCUUUGCUACUCGUACGGGCACGCGGCAAGGGAUUGAAAGUCAUCUCUUCAAGACAGAGACUAGCAGAGACCUCUCACUGUGGACGAGGAGCAUUGUGCAGGGUUGCCACAAUGCAGCAGAGCUCUCCAUGGAAAUCACAACUGCUUGCACCUAUAAAAGCCAGGAGUGCCGUUUGACCAUCCAUUAUGACCAUGGAUUUUCUCUCACAACUGAACCUCAAGAUGGUGCCUUUCCCAAAACCAUUUUACAGUUUCCUUACGAGAAACUAAAAAUGUCCUCAGAUGAUGGGAUUCGGAUGCUUUACUUAGACUUUGGAGGAAAGGAAGGUGAAAUUCAACUGGAUCUUCGCUCUUGUCCAAAGCCAAUUGUGUUCAUCAUUCAUUCAUUCCUUUCAGCCAAGAUUACAAGACUUGGGUUGGUAGCAUAAGUACCACCUGUCAGUUGUGCAAGCAAAACAAAAGAUGGAGCUGUCUGUCCCAGUCUAAAAUGCAAGUGACUUUUGGGCAACAUCUGGACCUGCUAAGGACAUAAUUAUUCUGCACAGGGCUGGAGCAAUGCUCUUAUCUGGAUCAGCUAUAUAAAGAAAGAAAAGCACAGAAGAAUAAGAGUUGUCAAGAAACCUGAAAGCAGGAACAUAAGCUUUACCUAACCCAUUGCAAGAAAGACAUUGAUUGCUGUAAAUAAAGGCAAAAAUUGAGUUCUGAAGGAGUAAUAGCUUAAUACAAGAUGGUGGCAUUUCAAAGUCACAACGGUGCCUAUAUAAGUGUUGUAGAGCAAUGGUUUUCAAACUAGAUUCCGAGCAACUCUGUAAUUCAUUAGAAAAUUCAGGGAUAUCUGAGCAUAUGGUAAUGGUGGACAAACUUCUCUAAAUGGAAAGCAUGCCCACUGUUUCUUAUUUUCCACUACAGUGCAGCCCAAGGCCUCCACUUUAGGAUACAUUAUCUGUUUAUUGUGGACAACAGCUACCCCCAAAGAGCUCAGGUCAGUCAUCUGUGUCAACUGAUAGUGUGCACUAAAACAUAGCUUAGAAAUAGCAAGCAGGAAUCCUUGAAGGUUAGAAGUUUGGGAAACACUGAAAGUAAGUGUUAAGUAGCCAGAUGAGUACAUUUAUCCACAUAGGAUUUGGUAAAGCUAUCAGAGCCUAUGUACCACUGAAGGUGUUUUGUUUCCAUUAAGCUGUCUUUCCCGUUUCAAAAAGCAGCAGGGAAAGGUCACUUUCUUCUCAUUAAUGUAUAAAUUGUCCAGCUGAUGGAUCUACAAAGUGGUUUGGAAGUCCAUCAGGUUUGUGCUGUUUUCUAGUACUCUGAAAACAAGACACAAAGCAACACCAUUGGCAAGGCUAUAGGUAGAGGUGGUAUUAGUACAGGAAGCCCAUCAGCCACAAAUCAAGCAUACAGUGUGUACCUGGUGAGUGAGUUCAUGGGGAAGGUCCCCUCAGAGUGUCUUUAAAGGAUUACAAAGGUCCAAAGUUUGGAAACAAUCCUUUUAGAGGCUGAAACAUCUUCAGUCCACCACCCCCAGAAGGCAUGGCCAGUGGCAAGGACAUUGCAUAGGUUUGCUGUCUCCAGCCCUGCUCUGGUCACAAAGAAAAUUAGAUUGUGGAAGCCACCCUGAUUCCUUGGGUUAGUAAAAUGAAGCCAAAUGGCUUUGAUAAAAGUGGAAUUGCUGAAUUAUUUGUAGCAUGCUUUUGUUUGUUUAAAGUAUCACUGAGAUACAUGAGCCAUUUUAAAACAUUUAGCAAGAAAAAUGAAAAACAAAAACCCUUUAGGAUGACAUUUAUUUUGAUCUGAACAUCGGUCAUAGAUGGCCAAACUGUGUCUUAGGAAUCACAUGAAGCUUUUUGAAAGUGCAAUUGCAGCUCUUGUGUGUAUAAUGGAUUAUGUAGCUUGCAAGCAGUCACCUUAAGAUCCAAAGCAUAUGGCACUUUAAAAAAGGUAGAUGCUUUACUUUCUGCUCUCCUUCCUGGUCUGGAUUUGGUACUCCUUGUUGUUGUGCCUUCAAGCAAGAUUUGAUUAGAGGUUUGCCAAUGCCUUCCCUGAGGAUGAAAGCAUGUGACUUGCCCAAGGUCAUCCAGUGGAUAACAUAAAUGGCCAAGUAGUGAUCCAUCUAUUUAGUGGAUCACUAUACAGAGCCAGCAUGAUGUAGUGGUUUCAGUGUUGGACUACAACUCUGGAGACCAGAGUUCAAUUCCCACUCGGCCAUGAAACCCACUGAGUGAGCUUAGGUGAGUCAGCCUCAGAGGAAGGCAAUGACAAACCCCCUCUGAACAAAUUUUGCCAAGAAAAACCCACGAUAGGUUUGCCUUAGGGUCACCAUAACUUGAAGGCACACAGUAACAACAAAUCCAUCAAUAUAAAUUGCAGCAGCAGGAUUCUCAAUUCAGAUAGGAACUGUAGUAGGAGAAAAGGAUCAAAGAGCAGAGCUGCUUCCCCUCUGACCCCAGGCUAAGAUCCUCAUUCAAAUUGGAACUCCUGUGCUUACUUGAACUU